CUGGGGCUCUUUCACGUGCUGGAGAAAUGACUUAUGAACGUGUUGAACUGCCCCUCUGUGGCAGUCGGGCUGUUUAAAAACUCCAGGGUCAUUGCUUUGGUGCAGAGUCAGGAGUUGUGGGAUGUUGCUCACUGCUCGCAGAGGAUAUCGGUCUUUCAGUUGUAAAGGAAAGCUGCUCUUCUUUUGGGGAAUUAACCAACAUGGGCAGAAACGAGCAAGCUCCUUUAUGGAGGAACUGCAUACACGUGCGAUCCAUCAGGUGGUAACUGUGCCUCUCUCCUCUCUCGCUACCAGCAUACCUGUGUCCAAGCAGCUGGCCUCGAUAAAAGCUCUUCGGAAAGGCUCAGACCUUGAAAAAGCUUUUGCUACCAUGGCUUUGGUGUACAGCAACUCUGCCAGCCCCGAGGGCAAACUCAGCAAGGGGGAAGCCAAAAGCCUGCUGCAAGCCCAGUUUUUGAGUUUCAUACAGGGCCAAGAAAGCAAACCAAAAUACCAGGAAAUAAUUUCUGCCCUGGAUGAGGAGUCGGAGAACAAAAUUGAUUUUGAAGACUUCAUGAUCUUGUUAGUCAGUCUCGCUCUAAUGUCUGACCUGCUGCGGGAGAUCAGAAAUGUGAAAACCACAAAGUGAUCAUCAAUGCUAUAAAAGCAGAAAGAGCUAUGCACGUUAUGAGGAGAGCUUUGUACAGUGAAGCACACAGAGACCACUAAAUGUCUGAAUACCUUAUGCUAUUUCCUUUUAAAUGGAAUAAAGUCUUUUUGAAACCUG